GCGAGGGACCUGCUCGCCGCGUGUCUGCGCACGGAGCCGCGAGCGCGACCGCAGGCCGCCGCGUUGCUGAGGCACAAAUACUUCACUGUAGAUGGCUUUGCGGAGAGCUUCAACGCGGAACUACGGAAGAAACUUGGCAAAGAGAUUGAGACCCCUCCUACACAACAAAGCGCGGCCCGCGUUGCGGGGAAACCGCGACAGCAAUGGACUUUGAACAUAAUACCGGAUCACAGUCGAUCACGGACGGACAGCAUCGCUGGAGAAUCGCUAAUCGAUUACAAUUAUACGCCAACUUCAGAGAUGCACCCAGAGCCAGUGGAAGUAAAACCCGCCGUUGAACAGUCCGCAGCGCCGGCGCAGGACUCCAGCGAAGUGCGGUCAGUGGCCGGGGCCUCGCUGCCGGCGCGCGCGCCGCCUCUCAGGUCCCUUUCGAGGGCUAUCAACGACACCUUCCAGACGUUUCCUGUCCCAGUAAAUAGUUAUCCAAGAACACCCUAUAUCAAAAAAGUGAACAAUAAAUUGGUGAUGGAUGAGGAUUUGCUCCGUGGGAGGGCUGUCGCCAAAAAAGCCAGCAAAAAAACGCCACCAGAGCUGUCGCUGCCCUAUGUCCCUGGUGCGAGCAACAGCCCCAUGAAAAAGGCGAAGAAACCACAUGUGCAUCACACUGCGACUAAAUCCUUCGACCCGUGGGAGUCGCAACGCAACAUCACGGAAUUGACGUCGGGCGCCAGAACCCCGACCAACCUGCCCUAUAUGUGACGGCACGACCGCGGCGCGUUUCGGGCCGCUAUUUAGCGGUAGAUAAUACAAAUUACCAUACAUUCAAAUUAAGUAGUUGAAACCAUUCAAUAAUUCUAAGUCACAACUGCUCCAGAACAUUUUAUUACAAACCUGCAAACCUAAUUGGUUGUCAAUUAACAACGAAAUUUGAUUUUUAGCUACCUAAUCUAUUUUAGACAUGGAUUUGCUCAUGUAAAAGGUAUUCUGUACGCGCCUUAAUUUAUUAAAUUUACUUAUUAGCGCUCUACCAAUCCGCCUUAAUAUCACUUUGGAAACUAUUGUUAUUUUUCUGGUUAAAAACUAUGGAAUAUCAACACGAAUCCGAACUAUUUCAUGCAGAAUACAAAUCGUAUUGAAACUACACUUAGCCUAGGCGCAGACCAUCGAUUUUUCGUCGGCCGAUAGUUUAGUCGGGCAGUUGAUCAGUAUGGGCAUGUAUGGAACUGCGCACGUUACACCGAUUCGAUUUGGCCGAUUCUUCAUACAAUUUAAAAUCGGGCACAACUAUCGGCCAACUAAAAAUCGAUGGUCUGCGCCUAGGCUUAGGCUGAGUUGCACUACCUAACUUUGACCGUAACUAUAACGAUAACCGGUGUUUUUGUAUGGAGUUUGACAGAUUUUUGACGUUUGUCAAAGUCAAAGUAAGAUUGUGCAACCCAGCCUUUAAGAUCUUUAAGUAAUAUUAAUUUGUAUGAAUGACACACCCCGUGCCUAAUGAAGUCUACACACCAAACCCGCCGACCCGCGCACAUGAGUCGUCGACUUUUGAUGUUUUGUCAAGUUAUAGAAAGGACAAGUUGCCGACACCUGAAAGGCUUGGUGUGCAGAGUCCUUUAGGUUGUCAAAGUCUUUUAACUAGGACAUUAGAUAAUAAACCACAUUAAUAAUGUCAAACAAUGAUUACAGUCGAUUUUAAAUUAGUUUUUAUAUAAUGUAGUCUAAUUAAAUAAACAAUUAGCAGAAACUACGAAUAUUUCCAUUUGACUGAAUUAAAUAUUAUGAAAUGUAAUUAAUUAGACAAGUAUGUAUUUGGUAUACAUAUCUAAAGACUGUAUAGACUAUAUAAAAAGUUUUAUAUUGUAUUUUCUUUCGUAUUUAUCGAAUACCUACUGGCUAAGGGCGGUUUCUCGCCUAGCUAUAAUUUUUGCUGAACAUUCGUCUAGAUGCAAACAGUUCCAAAAUCUAGUCAACAUUUCCUAAAUCUGGUCAAUAUUUCCAAAAUCUGGUCAAUAUUUCCUAAAUAAUUACAUAUGGUAUUAUAUUUCUGUUUAUUGUAUCUUAAAUUUCUAUUGUAUGGUCACACAUUAUGGUCUGUAGCAAAAUUUCACAAAAUGAGUUUUUUUUAUUCUUAUUAAUUAAUAUUGAUACUCUAUCGUUAUUCAGAAUUGUGCAGAGACAUGGUGGUUUCAUUAAUGUGUAAAUAUGUAUAGUGUUAAAUUUUAAUAAACAACUAUUUAAUA